AUGGAAGAGACGUCAGGCAACAACAUCUUGCCCUGUGGCAAGUCCAAACCGUGUUUCCGUCAAAGUGGCGCUCGUUUGCAAUUUCAUCGAUCGGUAAUCCUUCAAAAUGGCGCUCAGCACAAGUACGAGUCAUUUUUCGCCCUCGACCGACCGUUUGAUGGUGCUUAUCGAGAGCGGAUCGUCGGCUCGACUUCCGUCCAAGGCGAGCGAGGUCAAGCUCAAGAUCGAGAUCGAUCCGGAUUCAAAGUUCCCAGUACAACCGAGAAUUGGUCCGCUUGUUAUUUGGCGGGCCUGGGCUACUUCGGUGGCAUGGACUGUCUCGCGAGUGACGCCAAACGACGACAUGAUUACUUUCUAAAGAUGGUGAACAAGCGCAACUCGGAACUGAGGAAUGUGCACCGGAUCAUCCUGAUCGGAACCGGUGAAUCGGGUAAGUCGACCUUCGUGAAGCAGAUGAAGCUGCUCAGCUCGCAGAACCAGACCUUCCCGGACGGUUAUCGGGUGAAGUUCAUACCAGAGAUUCAGAGGAACCUGGUACAGGCACUGCACUUUAUCCUCGCCUUUCUCGACUCGGAGGAGGUGAAGCUGGGCAACGAACGUCUGCGGAAAGCGCAAAAAGCAAUCAACAACAUCAAAACCGAGAUCGACCGACUACCCGACGCCAUCACCCAUUUUGCCGGCAACCCGAACCCUGAUGCGAGGAAGGACUUUUACGACACUUGCUCUCUGCUCUGGGAUGAGCCGAUUGUGAAGGAGACGGCCCUGCGUGGAAAUGAAUUCCAGCUGAUCGACUGUGCCCAGUACUUCCUGGACCGGAUCGACGAGAUCGCCAACCCGGCCUACAAGCCGUCUGACGAGGAUGUGCUGCAGUGCCGCACCAAGACGCUGGGCAUCCACACGGAGUCGAUCAUCUACAAUAACGUCAACUUUGAACUGGUUGACGUGGGAGGGCAGCGGGAGCAGCGGGCCAAGUGGAUCGAGGCGAUGUCGGACGGCAUCACGGCUGUCAUCUUCCUCACCGACGUCUCCUCCUACGACAUGAUGCUGGCCGAGGACACUUCGGUGAACCGACUUCGCGAGGCGAUCAGCCUCCUCAGUCAGGUCUGGACGAAGAACCCGCUGCGCGACAAGUCGAUCAUCCUUUUUCUCAACAAACAGGACCGCCUGGAGAACAAGGUGCGCUCAAAGCGCACCAGCAUCGAGGACUUCUUCCCCGAGUUCCGGGUGGGCAAAACGAAGUAUCUAAUCGACCUACUGCGCGACAUAAAGUCGGCCCAGCAGAAGCGGAAUAAAAAGGAAAAUGAUGUCUGGGACAAGCAUUUCGCCUACUUCCUGCCCAGCGGCGCUCAGACCGGCGGCGGAGGUGGUCGGGAUGGAGGCAAGUCAGGCGGUCCUGCACGCGAAGAGGCCGCGGGUAAGCAGUUGCGCGACGGUGAGAUCAUGAACGAGUACAGCCAGAUCCAAAGCCUCUUAUUAAAAGUCAUCAACGAAAACAGCCUCAACCAAUGGGACCUCGAGAGCUCCGACAAGGAGGUCCUGGCAAAGGAUCUGAUGGCCCGCGAUGACUUCGCCGGUCUCCAGCGCCGUCUUAUGGCCGUUCCCCUCUUCCAAUUGGUCACUAUCACCAACUUCAUUCAGGAU